AUUUCCCUUUCUCUUUUACAAAAAGACGUGGUUAUUGUGUCGUGUGUUUGUUUGUUUACCUAAGUGGGAUGAUUAGGUUCCUUUCAGUUGUUGUUGUUGAAUAACUGAAUGUUUAUAAGAGAGGGAACACUGUUAAAACAAAUGCCUUCUACUUCCGCAGUAGCUAAGAUCGUGUUGAUAAAUUAUGUUGUCCACAUGUUGCUAGGAGUGUCUGGUUUGACUUUUUCAUCCUGUGUCAGUUGAAACAAAGGUGAAGGUGUGGUCACAGAAGCAAACACCACAGAGAAAAUUGCAGAGAUCGCAUUUUCUGAACUAGCACAUACUUUAAACAAACCAGGUGCGUGACCAUGGCAUCAGAGGGAUCACAGGUGCCUUUAGAUUCACCCGAGAAACACAUGGAUCAGGGGACCCACCUGGCAGACACACCCACUCCUGAGGCAGGAGACCCAGGUGAAGACUCUUUAAAAACCACUGCAGUCACAGAAUCGGCAGAAGGGGAACAGGAUGGAGUGAAAGUGUGCCAGUUUUUCCUGAAGGGAAAGUGUCAUUUUGGACAACGAUGUCGCCUGUCUCAUAGUGAUCCAUCACCAGAUGAUUCAGGGGAAGUGUCUCCUGAUCAGGAUGACACUGUGGAUGGAAAAAAGAUAGAACAACAACACAAGAAGAAAGGCAAAGGGAACAAAGCAAAAAAGCAAGAAUACAAUCAUGGAAAAGAGGUGAACAAAAAGCCCCGCAUGAGAACAGCAGAUGACGUUAUCUCUCGUAUCCAGUGGGACCCGACAGUGGAUGCAUCGGAAUUUGUAGUGGGUUAUUUGGACCGCUUCCUUGGUGUAGUGGAGCGUCCCUUCUGUGAAUUCAACUGGGACACCAACCCCUGUGACUGUGAUUACUCAUCUGAACUGGCCCUGCCCAGACACAGGAUCCAGUACUUCACCUACAGAGGGCACCGCAUCUGGGACCGCCACACCAGAACUGACAGGGUGUUUGGUUCCACUGGUCAAUCUCUGGCUCCCCCCUUUGGAAAGGAGGAGGAAGUAAAGGAAGUCCAAGAGACACAACAAGACUGCCUUAAAACAACAGAGGAGCAGCCACCUGCUGGUAGUGGGGAGGAGGAAUGUGACACUGGGGAGUGUACUCCUACUGAGAAUACACAUCUGGAGGAAGAGAAGCAGAAUGAGAUGAAUAUUCAAAGCCCUGACUCAACACAAACGGCUCUGAAGUGUGGCGGAAACACUGCUGAGGAACAGCAGGAAUCUCAGAGAACAUGUGUUGUGAUGGAGGCUGCAAAUAGCCUCAAGACUUCAGAGGAAAUGCCUCCCUCCCAAAAAGGAGAAGUGAGUCUAAAGGAAGAGUGGGAGGAAGAGACUUUGGAAGAAUGUCAAGAAAGCAGAGAAGUCAACAGAGAUGCUUCAAGCGGUCUCAGAGACUUAGACAUUAGCCAGGAUCCAUCAGCACCUCUGGAGCAGAGAGAAGAGAAACACGGUGGUCGCCCUCCAAAAAAAAGACCCACUCACUUCAUCACGUUCCGGGCCAACACUCCCGCUGUCCUCUCCUGUUUCCAGCAGCUCCAGGAUGAGCUCACCUCCCUUUUGCCCUCCUCUGCCUCUCACUGGCACACUGCCUCCAGCCUUCAUGUCACCCUGUGCCUCCUGGUGCUGCAUGGCCCAGCUGAGGUGGCCACUGCUGUGGAGAUCCUGCGACAGUUUGCCCAUUUCGAUCGCAACCCUCCAGUGGCUGUGACCUUUCCAGUGAAGCUGAAGCAUUUCAAUGGCAAGGUGCUGUACCUGAGCCCCCAGCCUCAACUGCAACUCCAGCAGCUCAACAGUGGCCUGCAGGAAGCCUACAGGAAGGAGGGCUUACUCCACAGGGACUCCUACAACCCACGCUACCACCUCACUCUGGCCAAGGUAGAGGACAAGGAGGGAGAGAGGAUUUUUUAUGGGGUGGGUGACAUGAAGGUUGGGAAGGGUUUAAACUUGGGCCGCCUGCCGGUCAACACCUUACAUCUUUGUGCUAUGGGCAGUCCUCGUGUCGAUGGUUUUUAUGAGCGUGUGUGCACAGUACAGCUCAGAUGAUAGCAGAGCAGUGAGCCCUUUCACAUCCACACACUACAAACAUGUUUAUUAUUACAUGACAUGCGAUGUGCAAUAUCACAGUGCUGCAUUUGGACGGGAGUGGAGCAUCAUGCAGUAUUCCCAAACAAAUCUAAUGUUUAUAUUCAAAUUCUUUAGGUUAGUUAUCGAUCAAAAGACCCUGUUCAGACUUCAUAUUAACACCCAUACAGGUCUUAACACUCGUGUGUGAUCAGAUCAGUGAGGAUGGAUUUUUAUACCAGGUCUGAAUGGAGCCUUAAAGGACCUAAUUGGGUGUAUAGUCAUCCUUAAUGCAGAGCUCACCCCUCUGUGUUCAAUUAUAAUAAACAUCACAUGUUGUAUUUUUCUAAACCUUCAUAUUUAAGAGGAAACACAUGGUUUUAAUCUAUACUGGUGCAAAGAGUAAAAAGUCUAGUGUCGGGGUGUCAAAUGUAUGGCCCACAGGCCAGAGCUGACCAACCACUGGGUCCAAUCCGUCCCCCAGGAUGAAUUUGUGAAAAUUUCACAUUCUGAUUAGAAUCUAAACAUAAUGU